CAUUGCGCUUGCAAGUUUAGCUUGCGUUUUUGACAUCAUCUUGGAACAUCUAGCCUUUUAAUCAAUGAGAAAAAUGGUUUUUCGAUAUAAAUUUUGCUAGUGGCAUAGUGCACUUUUAACUGCAAGUUACAAGCGAUCUACCUACUGUUCUGUUUAUCAAAGGAUAAAAAGUGAACCUCCAACAAUUUACCAAUGGCUGGUGAAGAAGACGAUAGCACCUGGUUGAUAGAGCUGGAGUCUGCUUUGUUGGAUGGAUGCACGGCACAAGAAAUCAACAGUUUGACAAAAGGCAAGAAAAUUCCUGAGAGCCUCCGUCCUGAUGUGUGGCUUCUAUGUCUUAGUUGUCAGGAAGCUGGUAAUCAAUUAUUACUAUUUGAUGAGAUAUUUGACUUGAUCAACCAAAAUGAAUUACGAGAUGAUGUCAAAAAGUUUGUAAAAAGACUUGGAAAUGAUGAUGAUGACAAACUAGCAGUUGUUUCUGAUAUUGAGUCUAUCAUCACAUUCUAUUGCAAAUCCAAGUCUGUCAGUUACUCUUCUAACAAUGGGUGGAUUGAGAUUUUGUUACCUUUGUUAAGCUUAAAAUUGCCAAGGUCAGAUACUUACAAUCUGUUUGAAAAAAUUAUAAAGCUCUACAUUCCAAAAGGCUGCACAAAGAAUGGUGUGCCCUUUCACAUAUUGAGGCUGAUACUUCAAUACCAUGACCCUGAGUUGUGUUCAUUCUUGGACACAAAGCGAAUAACUCCAGAACAGUACUGCUUGCCAUGGCUGCGGUCCCUGUUUGCAGGAACCUGCAGUUUAGAUGUAGUUCUUUUUAUGUGGGAUUUAUACUUUCAAAGAUCUGACCCCUUCUUUAUAUUUUUCCUUUGCCUUAUAAUGGUGAUCAAUGCUCGAGAACAGCUAUUACAAAUGAAAAAUGAAGAUAAAAGUACUAUAAUUGAAGUAUUAAGCAAUAUGCCAGCUGACUUGGAGGCCAAUGAUGUAUCAGACUUCUGUUCUUUGGCACAUUACUAUUCAUUGAAAACCCCAGUGUCUUUUAGAGAAGAUGUUUUAGAAGUGUUAUUUUCUGAAAGUGGCUUAGAAAUAAAUUCUAAGUUGUAUUCCCAAGCCUUAUGUCUUCCUGUAGCCGUGCAUGAAUUGAUCGAAAGUGCCACAGUUGAUGUUUCAGAUGUGGAUAGUGUGAAAUUUUUCUUGGUUGACUGCCGACCUGCAGAACAGUAUAAUGCUGGCCAUUUGUCAACUGCUUUCCACCUUGAUUGCAAUUUAAUGUUGCAAGAGCCGAAUGCCUUCAACACGGCUGUUCAAGGCCUACUGAAUGCUCAACGCCAGGCUCUGGCGGCCGGCUCACUCGCGGCCGGAGAACAUUUGUGUUUUGUUGGUUCUGGCCGAACAGAGGAAGAUAGCUAUGCACAUAUGGUUGUAGCUUCUUUUUUAAAACGUAAUACGAAACACGUCUCCAUGCUCGACGGAGGCUUCGUAGCCAUCCAUGAUUAUUUUGGGCCGCACAUGACUGAUUGUCUAGAGGAACAUAAUUCAUCUACUUGUUUAGUUUGUGCUCCCAAUAACAAUAAUGAUGGAAUGGAAUUACACCAAUCGAAAGCUAGGGACAAUGUUCCAGCCAUACAACUUUUCAGUAAGCUGUCAACAGCUAUGAAAGCAAAAAGCCAAGAAGUGAAAGGAAAAUUGAUAGAAUAUAUCGUUAAUCCCAAUUCUACCGUAAACAAUGGCGAGUGGCAUGUCUCUGCAGGCGACAGAAAAGAGCAAAGAUACAGAAAUGUUCCGCCAGUGUUUAGUAUCAAUGACGAAGACGACGACGCGCGGUCUGAUGGUCGCCGCGAUAUUACCGAUUCAGAACCGCUAGAAGAAAUAGUCGAGAUAACUUCAUUCCUUAGAGAGCGUAAUGUGAUCGACAGUUUCCAGUGUCAAGAGGUAUUAUUGAAUGGGUACAUGCACGAUUCUCAUCUCAUAGUCACAGAGACGCAUUUAGUAGUUUUACGCGACAUUCCAAACAAGAGAGGCUAUGCGCAAGUGAUGUCCCGAAGGCCUCUGUCUACCAUAGUUAAGAUUACAGCUAAGAAGAGACAUCCAGAAUUAAUUACGUUUAAAUACGGUGUACCAGAUGGUGAUAAUUUAUUGAUUAAAGAUAUGGAUCGCUUCUUGAUUCCUAACGCUUCCGUAGCGACGAAAGUAGUUUCAAAUCAAAUAGUUCAGCAGCUAGAUACUAAAGCGUAAACAUUUAACAAGUGAUAAGUAGUUUAUGCAAUUGAAUUAGUUUAAAGAAUUUUGGCUAUGCUGUCAGGACUGCCGGGGCAGUGUCUCUCCAUAAUGUUCAAUUGUUUGUUAUCGAGUCCAAUAAGGUAUAGUUUGAUUGGUUUUCCAUUUAUAUAAUAUAUUCACGUGAAGCACGUCCCUUGCCCGCCUUUUCAGCAGGCUCUGCAUGGCAACUACGUCGUCGCGAAAAUAGACGCAGCGAAUACUAUCUACGUGGAUAGACGGCAAAGUCCUCGAUAUAAUUCUGGCCGCGCGCGGCGCGAUUUCCGUGCCGCGAGGGCAGGUGAAGACUGGGUUAAAAGCGAAUCAGUUUAUAAAAGUGGUUUGUUAAUUGGCUGAACAUAGAGAUGGAAUGCGUUCCGUACAAAAGGUCAUAUUUGCCUUAAAAACUUAACUUUAAUUAAAUUAAGUAUACCUAUUUAUAAUCAGUAUAUACUGAAGUAAGUAGGUGCUUACCUAAUAAUGUGUCAAGUAAGUUUUGGUCAGUUUGCCAGUGACUAAUUCGUGUUCCUAGUCGGAUAACAUUUCGCAUAAUUAUAUUUUGAAAUUAUGUUAACAGUAUUGAUAUUUUGUUAUGUAUUAUACCUAUUCCACCAGACCAGCACAAAAAAUAUUUUUUUUAGAGCACGUAAUGUUGUUACGAUUUACGCCAUAAUGUAUGGUUGGCUCGAAUCUUUACCUCAAGAUGUUGACCAUUAUAUUGUAAGACAGGUAUUUGUCAUAGUGCAGAAACUAUCUUUCUUGGCCUGACUAAUUAAUUACAUACACAUAGUGAUAAGUCAUUUCAAAUACUGAUUGAGUACCUAUGUCGUUUUUGAGAGUCUAAAUAAAUCUAGAUGUGAUUGCUAGUUGUAAGAUAUCUUUAAACAUUGACUUAUUAUCACCAUUACUUCUUCAUUUUUAAAAAUGCACAUAAAUUAAUAGUACAUAAAUGAUUAUAUUGAUUUUAAAUUAUAUUGUAGAUAUAUUAUUGAAAUUAAUAAAUAUAUUGAUGAAAG